AGACCAGAUGCGCUUUGACGCACGUCUCCAGAUUCGGCGCGCUUUUUUUAUUCGUUCUCUGGAUAUUUGACUCCUCGGUUCUCGGCACCAUGUCAAACGUCAGAGAGCCCAGUUAUUCUAUAGGAAGAGGUUGUGUGUCAUUCAUACCGUACUGUUGAAGGGGGGGCACGCUUGCUUUUUUUUUUUUUUUUUUUAAAUCGGGAGCAGGAGAUGGCAAACUCCUUCUGAUGGUUUCAUCGGGAGCUCUGUAGGGUUUCCUGUUUCCAUUUCUAUAUUGUAACGGGAUUUACUUGAAAAAACCAAACUGUUUCUGUGGGAUAUCUCCGUCAGGGAUCAUUUCAAAGAAAGAAGAUGGCUCUGGGUUACCUCUACGCGCUGUGCGUGUGGAUAGGUUUGUUGCAUCCCUCACUUGGAACCGGGUUUGUUUAUCGCUUUCCAGGGAUCGCCCUGCAGCGGCAGCGCAUCCACUCCGAACAGGGCAGCAGUACGGGUCCGCCGGGAGCCGGGUCCUCACUUAGGAACUGGUGUCAGUACGCUGCUUCCAGGACAGUGCCCUGCAAAGUACACAAUGGGACUGAAACCUCAGUGCAGAGGGUGAUGCAGGGCUGCCGGUGGCCCGGACCGUGCAGCAAAGUCAUCAGCUACAGAACCAUCAUCAAGCCGUCGUUUAAGAUCACUUACAAGCAAAUCACGGCUCUGGAGUGGAGGUGCUGCCCUGGAUUUGUGGGGGCAGAGUGUCGUGAAGAAUGCAUGAACUGCACCAGCUUCAACGACAUGAACAGCAGAAUAAACGCCGUCGAAUCAAAGAUCAAACUGUUGGAGAACGGCCGAUCACUUCCUGAGGUCAGAUUACCAGACGGCUCGACAGGAAAUGAGGUGGACACGCGUGGAGCCACUUCACCGCCGUACCUGCCACCAGUGCCCGGAGCCAGAGGGCCCCCAGGACCGGCUGGACCUCCUGGGCCGGCUGGACGCCCGGGGACUGCAGGUCCUCCUGGAAGAACCGGGGAUCGAGGAGCUCCUGGGGAAAAGGGGGACAGAGGUUUUCCAGGAGAGAGUGGCCGCCCCGGGCCUCCAGGUCUUCCUGGACCUCCAGGUCCUUCUGGGUCAGGUUCCUUUCCUCUACCCAUUCGGGGAGACGUUUUCCAUCUAGAGGAGGACCCGACCCGUCCUGUUCUCGCUGAGCCUCCGGUCAGAAUGGGCCCUCCCGGUCCCGCUGGUCCCGUCGGCCCCUCGGGUUCCCCUGGAGAACGAGGACCCACAGGGACACCUGGUCUCCCUGGACGGGACGGUAGGGAGGGUGCUCCAGGCAGACAUGGCAGUCCCGGCCCGAAAGGAGAUCCAGGGGAAAGGGGGGCGCCAGGUGCCAACGGAGAGCAGGGCCUACCUGGAACACCAGGGCCAAAAGGAGAACCAGGAGUGAGCUUGAAUGACGGUGAAGCCGUGCAGCAGCUCCGAGAGGCCCUGAAGAUCCUGGCCGAGCGGGUUAUGAUCCUGGAGCACAUGAUUUGGAUUCACGAGAACUCUGAAGGAUCUGGAUUCAGCAGCGUUUUAGACCCGCUGGGUUUCUCCAGCCUGACGACGAGGCGUCGCCAAGCCGGUCGAGCCCUCCGUCAGCCCGCAGGCGUCAACGGGCGGCAGAAACGGGUCCCUCUUUAACGUUAUUGCAUCAUUUUGCAUUUGUGUGAAUAACUGUACGGGAAUAUCGGCAUUUUUUUAUUUGUAAUUUUUUUGUUUUUUGUUAUAACUGGACAUGCGUAGCUGUUCUUUGUAUCUGUACUUUUCAGAUUUAUAGUUGUGUUUCUUCGACAUGAAUAAGUCCUGCUAUUAAAAGUUCUUUGUAGAA